AUGGCGUGCUAUGGAGGCGAUGUGAUGUGUCCGUGGUCCGGGUACGGAUCCGCCACCGACUCCCCAUCCUCAGCGGCUCCCGUGCCCGAGGAGCAGAAACCGAGGAAGAGGAGGAGAGCCUUCUGCCUGACCAGGAUGAAGUCCCGCAGCAGCUCCGGCACACAGCACCAACAUCAGCCCGCCGCAAACAACAACAACAUGCCGUUCAUGAUCCACUGCCAGAUCGGCAAAGAGAUCAAACACAUCUGCAGCAACUGCCGGGGAGCCGAGCCGCUGGACGCUGAGGAAGUGGAGAGGUUGGCAGCGAUGCGCUCUGAUUCGCUGGUUCCAGGCACGCACACGCCUCCCAUUCGGCGGCGGAGCAAGUUCGCCAACCUGGGACGUCUGUUUAAACCGUGGAAAUGGAGGAAGAAGAAGAGCGAAAAGUUCAAGCAGACCUCUGCUGUGCUGGAGAGGAAAAUGUCCACUCGCCAGAGCAGAGAGGAGCUCAUCAAGAAGGGAGUGCUGAAGGAGGUUUAUGAGAAAGACGGCUCUACCCCGGCUCUGCGAGAGGAGGUGAAGAUGGAGAACGGGCGUUCUCCGGUGCUCGGCUCCACCCUGUCAGAGUCUGAAGGUACUGAGCUGAUGGAAGGAGCGGCUGCAGCUGUAGGCUCUGUGGAGUUUCAGAUGCCAAGUGAGGGUGCAUGUCAACAGGACCACGCUCAAAAAUCCAUCCAGGCUCCGCCCACCAAGAAGUCCAGUGUGUAUCCAGCUGACGGUGCUGAAUCGAUGCUCUCCAGACCUCCUACGCUACACAAACAACCUCCUGCGCUACCACCCAAACCCUUCAACAGACUACCUAAUCACAUUACAGACGGUGCCCCCGUGAAGCUGCCAUGUAUGUCGGUGAAGUUGUCUCCUCCUCUACCUCCAAAGAAGCUCAUGAUCUCCGUACCUGCAGGGAGCAUGGAGCCCUCUUCGCUCGCCUUCCAGAAGUGCCCCGCCCCUCCUAGCCACGCUCCAAUGGGCGGGCACUCUCUGCAGUACGGGACGCUACCUGUCCCCCUCCACCCCCCCAGCCGAAUCAUAGAGGAGCUCAACAAGACGCUGGCCCUCACCAUGCAGAGGUUUGAGAGCUCCCUGAUGCACGCUGUUCCCACGGUGAUGAUCGAGUGCGACGACGACAAAGAGAACCUCCCCACCGAAGCGGACUACGAGGACCUGCCCGGUAUGUACAAGGAUGAGGAAGAGGAGGACGAGGAAGAGGAGGAGGAGGACGAAGACGAGGAGGACGAAGAGGACGAUGAGGAGGAAGAUGAGGAUGAUGCAUUGUUUACAAGCACACUGGCCAUGAAGGUUUUACGAAAGGACUCUCUGGCCAUCAAGCUGAGCAACCGUCCAUCGAAGAGGGAGCUGGAGGAGAAAAACAUCCUGCCGCUGCAGUCGGACCAGGAGAGACUGGAGUCACGACAGCAGACAGCCACCAAACUGACCAGGCGGUUGAGUCAGCGGCCGACUGCAGAGGAGCUGGAACAGAGGAACAUACUCAAACCUCGAAACGAUCUGGAGGAGCAGGAGGAGAAGAGGGAGAUCAAGAGACAUUUGUCCAGAAAGCUCAGCCAGAGGCCCACAGUGGAGGAGCUGAGGGAGGCGAAGAUCCUCAUCCGCUUCAGUGACUACGUGGAGGUCGCUGAGGCUCAGGACUACGACAGGAGAGCAGACAAGCCGUGGACUCGGCUAACAGCUGCUGAUAAGGCUGCCAUCAGGAAGGAACUGAAUGAAUUUAAAAGCACAGAGAUGGAGGUGCAUGAGUCGAGCCGUCAUUUUACCAGGUUUCAUCGGCCAUAAAAUGGUUCCGUCAGGCCUCGGCCAUGCUUUCACUCUCCCACACUGAGCCUCGAGUGUUCAGACUGCUACCUGCUUCCCUUUCCAGUGUCGACUUCAAACUGACAGACUGGACACUCGCGCAACCUGUGUGCUGCGCCAUCGCAGGAAACGGUGCAGAUGCAUUAAACUCUCGACUGGCAUCUCCCCUCAGUGGAGAUUUUACAGACUUCUUGAUAUUCAAAAGCUUUUAUUUGUCAUUUUUUAUGAUGAAGAGGUGGCGAUUUGUUUACUUUGCAGCACUUUUGCUUUUGAGCAAGUCUUUUGGAAGUCAAACACAGAAUCUGUGCCAACUUUGAGGAUCGGUAGGAGGUGAAGAUGGGACUUUUCUUUUUUACACAGGGAUUGUUUUCUUGCCUUUCACGAUGUUCUCACUCUUCUUUCUCAACUGGACUUAAUCUUCCCUUGGGGGCACUUUGUGUUGGCACAGAUGACAUCUCAAUGGUCGUUUAUCUCAUUUUGCCAGAGGAAUUAAAAUAUUUACAACAGCAUAUGCUGUUGUAGGCAGCUGAAUCUUAAGCCAAAAUGUCCUAAAAUCUUAAUCAAAAUCCCUAAAUGCUCUCUGCAAGCCAGUAAUAGUAAAAGAUGAAGCUCUCCUAACAAAUACACACCAAUCAACUGAGCAAUAAUUUCAGAUUCUGUCCUCAUUUGUCCAUCUCUUCCCGGGCUGCAUUCAACACCUUUCAGACUUCAGAUCCCCAUUUUAAACCAAAGCAGCUUGACUUGCUGUGGAAGUCUUGAAUGCGUCCCAGAGUGACUGCUGUUGAGAGUUCAGUAACCCACUGUGUCACUGUGCCUACAGUUCUGUUUACAGGGAUUUAAAAGUUGCCAAAUUUACUUGUUUCAUUUGAUGCAGAAUAUUAUCUGUAGACACAGUCAAAUGUUGCCGAACUCUCUGCUGAACUAAAAGAAAGUAGACUUUUUUUUGUAUUUCGUUUUGUAUUCUCUGAGAUGAACCUUUGACGGUACAGAAUAUGAAGACCCUGCCACCUUACGUUUUUAUUGUUUACAGUCCAUAUUAGGUUCACGAAUUGGCCGUUUUGACCCUCUUAUUGGGAGAACUGGUUGAUCUCUUGUGUGUGCUAUGACUGUGUCUGAGUGAGUGUGUGUAUGCUUAUGUACGAGCGUCAGUAAUAUUACUGUCUCUUGUACGUGUAAAAAUCUUUUGGGAGAAAAAUCUUCUCAGAAUUAUAAGACUUGUACAUAGCAAAGAAAGUAAGCAAGACUUUUCAAAUGUUUUUUGUAAAGCAGAAA